AUGGCGUCAGUGAAGGGCGGACGAGUCCGCUCCGUCCGAAAGACCGUCCCGCCCAGGUGCGAUGCAUUGUGCUUCAAUGCCUUAAUACAGGCUCCAUGGAUCGAGUCGGAUGCCCCAGGACAGGCCCGCGGCCGCCGACAGGGGAUGGGCCCGGUGGCUGUGAGCUUAAAUUUUGGCGGUGUCGCCGGGGGGUUUCCACGCGCCGGGAUCCAUGCGUGGCAAUUUGAGGCAAAAGCUAGGAGCUUGCAGCGCCAAGCAGGCAUGGCAGGGCAAUUCCACGGCCCCAGGGUAGACCGCCUAUUCUCAGUUGCGUGCGGUCGCACGACGGCAGUGGACGAACCGAACCGAACCGCCAAGGUUGACCUGAUGACGGGCGCGGCGCGACGGGUCAGACGAUGUGGAAUCCGGCCCCCUCCGCGGCGGAUCGCACAAAUCGCUUCUUCAACGUCGGCCGUGGCAGGUACUGUAGAUUUAUGUAUGUAUGCGCCGCAUUUGGCCUCCGUUUCGUUGCCCCCCCGUCAGCUGAUCCUCCGGCGAUGUCCAGAGACGGAACCCAUGCUUGGUAGCACAGCAGCGUUGAGGCGCCGAAAGGACGGCAUGGUUGGUGAUUGA